GCAACGGUAUUAAUAGCGCCAAAGUCCAAAACAAAGGUUUAAACUUAAGCAGAAAGUAGUCGACGGGUCCGUAAUUGAUCCGAAACUAUCGUUGUUAGACUGUUGGAAUUACAGAAUUAGAUUCAAAAUUAAGAUCUUGUGAAGCCGAUAGCGUUAUUGCUGGAUUGAGUAUUUUUAACUCUGUAUGUUAGCGAUUUUAUUUGAAAAUGCCAAAACGAAAAAAGAGAACCACCCUGAAACCAAAAUCGACCUUGUCUUUGGAAAGGACUGAUCGAAUUGAUGCUUUGUAUGAAGAUUGGAAAUCUACUGUUGAUUCAGAAAGAACGAUGAUCGUACACUAUUUUGAAACGUUAAAACGACAAACACUUGCAAGAGUCGAUCAAUUAAUGUUGCAUCUUCCACCUGAAACUUUAAAUAUGACUGUCAAGGAAUUUAUAGAAUUUGGUGAAACUGAGUGCACUGAUAACAAUAAUGAACAACGCAAAGUUAAACAGAAAAAUAUUGAGAAGGAAAACAUCAUUCCAACAGAGGCUGUUGUUGAUGCAGUUGAUAAACAGUUGCAAGAUCUUAUCAAUAUAGCUGGAUCUAGUGAGGCAGGUGGUAGCGACACACAAGGCAAAAAAACAACACGUAAGAGGAAGCCACCGAAGACUACACGCAAAAAAGCUGCUAAUAAAAUGGUUGAUACACAAGUAUUGGAAACUCCUUGCCAUACAACAUCUGUACCGGAAAGUUGGCAAGAUACUCCUUUUCUUAUUCCACAAAGAUCAAGAAUCGGUAGUACUGCAUCUUCUGAAGGAACCUCAAGCAUAGUGCUUCGAACGCCUGCUAAUUCAGCUGAAAUUAAAACUCUUAUUCCAAAAUCAUCAUGGUUAUCAGAAAGGGGGAGUCCUAUCAUGUGGGCGCCCACAAACCCAAAUUUGCGGAAAAAAAUUGAACAAAAAAUGAGAGAGAUUGAAGAAAUUCAAAGACAAGCUUUACAAUUCGGAGAUGAAUGAUGUUUGUUUCUGAUUUCAAAACUAUGUCAAUUAUACUGGAUGUUUAUUACCUAUAGAUAUCGCGGUUUUAUCCAAUCGCAUUUAAUCAUCAGUUGUCUCACAAUAAAAUAAGCUCAUGGCAGGGCUUGAGAACAUGGUGGAACAGGAUCUCUCCUCCACUGGCUAGAUCGGGGGUGGGCACAAUUUUUUAGUAUAAGUACCGCAUGCUGCAAGUCAGAACUUUAAAAGAGCUGCAAAAUUUGUGAAUUUAUUAAUAUUAUUGAAAUACCAUGAACAGAAAAAAAAUU